AUGUCUGAGCUGCUUGCUAUCCCCCGUAUGUCCUUCCUGUUGCUUUCCAUUCUGGGUUUGACCUUGAUGACAUCUGGCUUCCCUCAGCCUCGACUAACUCUCAGAAGACCUGAUGAUUCAGAGGAACCGAAACGAGACGACUGGGAUGUCAUCUUCCCCUCCAUCUCUCUCCGUGAUUGGAGCAUUCAAAUGAUGUCUAUGCCCAGCCUCGGAGCUGAUAGCAAGGCAAGACCGAUGAGGGAGGCGUGGCUGAUUGCCCCUGAGAAGGCAGAGGCGAGCGCGGAGAGGGCGUGGCCCCCCGAGUGGUCGUCUCAGGGCGCCGGUAUGGUGAAGAGGAACAUGGUUAUGGCGGAUGACGCUGCUUUCAGAGAGAAGAGUAAACUCCUCACCUCCGCGGAGAGACAGAAGUGGCUCAACUCCUACAUGCAGAAACUACUAGUGGUGAAUUCUUCAUGA